AUUUACAUGUAGGGGGCGGUAGCACAGGCCGACUAUUAGCCGAGGCUAUCAAAGCCUUGCAAAAAUCAGCGCUCUCUCCAAGGAAACAAAACAAUAUAGAAUCUGGUUUACGGCGUGCCUCAAGCCCGGAGCCUCUCUUGAUAGGAAAACGCGCUUUCCCGUGGAAUGAGCAUUCCAUGCAGCAUCCUAGGUAUGAAUGACGUGGCCUGGCAGGAGACGAGAGGUGGGAUGCUGCAUGCAAAUGGUGCUCCUGAGGCUGGAGGUGUCAGGGUUCACAGUGGAGGGCCUUUAGCUGCUGUAGCUGGCCAGGCUUCCGGAGGCCCCCAUUUACAGGGCAUGGAUAGGGCCGGGAACCCUACACCAGGAACGCCGCAACCUCCAUUAAGCGGCCGCUCGCAGGAUGAUGCUACGGUUGGCUACUUCUUUCAGAGGCAACCUGGGGAGCAACUUGGAGGAUGUGCGCCGAGCAAACACCGGUGGCCAACCGGGGACCCCAAUCAUGUUGAUCAGGUCCGUGCUGUAGAUGAAAUGAACUACGACUUUCAAGCUCUCGCUUUGGAAUCUAGAGGAAUUGCAGAGCUUUUGCCAGCAAAAAAGCUUUGGGAUUCGGAUGAGCUGGCAAAGGAUGGAAGAAAAGGAAUGCUUCUUGGAGAGGAGUGGAGGGACAAUGCAUGGGGGUCAUCACACCAUUCAGUCUCCCAGCCAAUUAUGGUCCAGCGACGCCCAGGUCAGGGUUUCCAUGGAAACGGCGAUGCCAAUUCUGUGCUGUCACCUCGCUCAGAGGGUGGUGGCUUAGGUGUGAGCAUGGUGGAGUAUGUCCUGAGCUCAUCUCCUGGUGAUAAGAUGGACGCCCGUUACAGGAAUGGUGGCUAUGGUGGAGGUGAUGCUGACCAGGAUGGUAGAGAAAAGAACGACGGCCCUGAGAAAGUAUCUCCUUUUGAGGAAGACAAGAGCUCAGAGAUGAAGGUGGGAGAUGACAGCGAUCCUGCAAAGGCCAAUGGAAGAAGUUUACUAAAUGGCAUGGACAGGGACUGCAAAGACUUCAACCCAACUCCAGGAAGCCGUCAAGCUUCUCCAACUGAGGCAGUGGAAAGGAUGGGCCCUAACCAGACAGGAUUGGAGAUAAUGAGCCAGCACCAUGCUCAUGCCCAUGCACACGCUCAUGCCCAUGCUCACGCUCAUGCUCUACAACAACAGAACCACAACAAGGGACCGGUGGAGGACUUUCAGAACCAGGAAGCCCAAAACAUGGGUGGCAUGGAGCAACAAGCUGGCGUAGAAUCACUUCAGUUUGAAUAUCCAGGGAACCAGAUUCAGGUUGACUCCUCUGGAGCCCCAGUAGGAUUGUUUGACUACAGCUCUCAGCAGCAGUUAUUUCAGAGGUCAAAUCCCCUGACUGUUCAGCAACUCACAGCAGCCCAGCAGCAACAGUAUGCCCUGGCAGCGGCACAGCAGCAGCACCUUGCUGGCCUUGCUCCUGCAUUUGUGCCAAACCCUUACAUCAUCAAUGCUGCGCCCCCUGGAGCUGAUCCAUACACUGCAGCAGGGUUGGCAGCAGCCGCAACGCUCGCAGGACCCACAGUAGUUCCACCUCAAUAUUAUGGCGUUCCUUGGGGUGUGUACCCAGCCAAUCUUUUCCAACAACAGGCUGCAUCUACUGCCAAUCACUCUGCUAAUCAACAAGCAUCCAAUCAGGGACCAGGGCCAGGCCAACCUCAGGUAAUGCGCACAGGAAACAACCAGCGUCCUCUUACACCUGGCCAAGGUCAACAAAGUCAGCAGGAAUCUCUGGCUGCAGCGGCAGCAGCAGCUGCUAACCCCGCACUGGCAUACACAGGGAUGCCCGGUUAUCAAGUGUUGGCCCCUGCAGCCUAUUACGACCAAACAGGGGCCCUGGUGAUGGGACCUAGUGCUCGAACUGGCCUCGGUGGACCGGUUCGUCUAGUUCAGACUCCUCUCCUCAUCAAUCCUGCAGCAGCACAGGCUGCAGCUGCGGUCUCUGCAUCAGGUUCUGGUAGCAACAUGUCUGGCCCUCCGACAAACGGCAUGUACCGCUCCAUGCCUCAACCCCAACCUCAGCCGCAGCAACAGCAGGCACCGCCACAGAGCAGCGGCUUGCAAUCAAAUUCCUUUUACGGCUCCGGGUCAGUCCCCAACACCUCGCAGAGCAGCUCACUUUUCUCCCAUACAUCAGCUCCACCACCACCUCAGAGCUCCUCGCUUGGCUUCAGCAGUACCGGUAACUCGCUCGGCGUGGGUCUGGCCUCUGCUCUCGGAGGAUUUGGCUCUUCAGUAUCCAGCUCUACCAGUAGCAGUGUGUCUCGCAGGGAUUCCCUGUUGACAAGUUCUGAUCUUUACAAACGUGGCAGCAGUAGUUUAACCCCCAUCGGCCAGCCCUUUUACAACAGUCUGGGUUACUCCUCCUCACCCAGCCCGAUUGGACUCACCCCUGGCCACUCACCUCUCACUCCCCCACCUUCUCUGUCCUCCUCUCACGGGUCAUCCUCUAGUCUUCACCUCGGUGGCUUGACAAAUGGCAGCGGGCGUUACAUCUCUGCAGCACCUGGAGCUGAGGCCAAGUACCGCAGUGCCGGUGGAACAUCCAGCCUAUUUAAUUCCAGCAGCCAGCUCUUCCCCCCAUCUCGGCCCCGCUACAGCCGAUCUGACGUGAUGCCAUCCGGCCGCAGUCGACUCCUGGAAGACUUUAGGAACAACCGUUUCCCGAACCUUCAACUUCGAGACUUGCCUGGACACAUGGUGGAGUUUUCUCAAGACCAACAUGGAUCGAGAUUCAUCCAACAAAAGCUGGAGAGAGCCAGUCCUGCAGAGAGACAGAUGGUUUUUGGAGAAAUUCUACAAGCAGCAUAUCAGCUGAUGACUGAUGUGUUUGGGAACUAUGUCAUCCAGAAGUUCUUUGAGUUUGGGAGUGCAGACCAGAAGCUGGCCUUGGCAACUCGUAUCCGCGGCCAUGUCCUCCCACUGGCUUUACAGAUGUAUGGAUGCCGGGUAAUUCAGAAAGCCUUGGAGUCCAUUUCUUCUGACCAGCAGGUAAUUAGUGACAUUGUUCGCGAGCUGGAUGGCCAUGUUUUAAAGUGUGUUAAGGAUCAGAAUGGAAAUCAUGUGGUACAGAAAUGCAUUGAGUGUGUCCAGCCUCAAGCCCUGCAGUUCAUCAUAGAUGCCUUCCAGGGCCAGGUUUUUGUUCUCUCCACUCACCCUUAUGGCUGUAGAGUAAUCCAAAGGAUUUUAGAACACUGCACCCAAGAGCAGACUUUGCCAAUUCUGGAAGAGCUGCAUCAGCAUUCUGAGCAGCUGGGUCAGAAAUAUCAAGGCGUAUCAUUGGAGAUGACACCCAAAACAUAUUAUACAGUGUCCCGUGAUGCACUGUUCAAGGAUCAGUAUGGUAACUACGUCAUCCAGCAUGUUCUGGAGCACGGUAGACCAGAAGACAAGAGCAAGAUAGUUGCAGAAGUGCGUGGGAAAGUCCUUCUUUUGAGCCAACACAAAUUUGCAAGUAACGUUGUCGAGAAAUGCGUGAUCCACUCCUCGCGUGCUGAGAGAGCUCUACUGAUAGAUGAGGUGUGCUGCCAGAAGGAUGGCCCCCACAGUGCCCUGUACACAAUGAUGAAGGACCAGUAUGCAAACUAUGUUGUCCAAAGAAUGAUAGACAUGGCUGAGCCGGCUCAGCGUAAAAUCAUCAUGCACAAGAUCCGGCCUCACAUCGCCACCUUGCGCAAGUACACUUAUGGGAAACACAUUCUGGCCAAGCUGGAAAAGUACUACAUGAAAAGUGGCUCUGAAUUGGGACCCAUUGGCGGACCCACAAAUGGCCUCAUGUAGUCAAAGAUGACAUCACGAAUCCCCUCAAGAAGAGGCACAGGUUCUCAGCAUAUUAGGAUUUUCUCUCAACCCUAUUUUGGGGUCAAUUACCAAAAGGAAAAAAAAAGUUCACCCUAAAACGCUGUGACAACUGAUACCUGCCAGUGUGUCGCCCCUGGUGAGGUCCCAACUGGUGCCCUCGCUAUGAAUGGCAUAAAUUAGCAGGCUUAUUUUGUUGGGUAAAGCACAAGGCCAAUGUUAAUUCUGUAACUGAUAUAUUUGACUGGUUUUCAUAUUGUACAUUUGAUUUUUUUUACCUUGUAAAUUCUUUGUAGAAAAAACACAUUUGCUGAAACUUCUUACAAUUCUCACCAGCAAGUGACCUACUAAAAGACAAAACAGAGGGAGAAAAUUCCAUUUGCUUUUUGAACUGACUUAACUCCAGAAAAUUUGAUAUUUAUAUAUGACCCCAUGUAAAGUUGAAACAUUAGCAUCCCCAUGCCAAAGCAGCUGAUUUAAAGCAAAUGCCACUGUUCACAAGUCAGUGCGUGUAAGGUGCCACGGGUCUUUUGAAAAAGACUUUUUUUGUUGUUGUUUGUUUGCUUGAACUGGGGGGAACAAAUCAAUUGAGUGUUUUCUUAAACGGGGCCUUUUUCUUGCCUUGUAUUUUCUCUCUUCCAUUGUUUCCUGUAUUUUUCCCCAAGCAAGAGCAAUUUACAUUGCCUGGUGAGCUAGAAGCUAAGUCUGAGUCGUUUUGGUUGCCCAAAGACAGACUGGCUGAGGCUUUCCUUUUCCUUUUCUUUCCAUUAGACAUAUAAUUUAACAGGUACUAACAAUUGAAGGUAUUAAGAUAGAGACCGGCUUGGUUUUAAAUGAAAUUAUCUUCGUGAUGAUUGAAUGAUGUGAUGAGAGGCAUUGGUGGCGUGCUGUGGCAGGUUUUUUAAUUCCUCCCCCUUUUCCCCCCUUAAUACUUUUUAAGUGUCUGAGUAGGACAUGAGCACUGCUCUGAACUAAUUUAAUGUACUGAAUAAUCAUCUCUGGCUUAAAUAGUAGUUUAGUGUAGCAUCUUUUUGUGUGUUAAUUGUUGCUUUUGGGUCGCCGUAAUGGACUAACCCCCUCCUUCCAGAACACCUUAGAAUAAUCUGAAUUGUAAAGGGGAGCUUUAUCCCAGCAUUGUACAUGAGAUGGAAUUAAUUACUGGGAAGAAGGGAUUUUUAAAUCAGAUUUUUAAUGCUCCAGUGUUUGUAUUUUUCAACUCUUUUGAUUGGAUGCUGACGGGGCCAUUUAAACCUAUACAACUGUCCUGUAUUACUCGUAGUGAUGGCUUCUUUGAAUUGUAGAAUAUAUGUAGUAUAUGUGCAGUCAGUAAGUGUAAGAUUUUGAUUAAUAUUAUUAUUAGCUUCAGUGAGAAAAAAAAAAUGUCUAGUGGUGUUUGACAGGCCUUGCGAACAUGUAGUGAUGCUUUUAUUCCCUCUGUACAGUUGUACAUUUGUAACUGUUUAUGCUGUAAAUGGGAUGUCUUCUACAUUUUAGUGGGGCGAAAAAGGCAAAAGUGUGUAUUUUGACGUGUGUAUAUUCAUCACUCCUUCCCCCUCUUUGAAUACUAUGUAUACAGUUUUAUUUGAGCAAGUGUUAUUUUAAAGAAAAAAAAAAAGAUUUUUAAAGCUUCAUAAUCUGGCAUGUGAUUUUGUUUUUAAUCUCCAAGGGGAAAAGGCCAGCCUUUAUUUGUACUGGAGCUGCUGUAACAUCCACUGUUGAUAGUCUUUCUGAUGUGACACUUUUAAAACAAGAAAAAAAAAUUAUUACAAAAAAAAUCCUCAAAAUCAGUGGCUGCCUUUAGUUGUCUGACUUUACAGGAUACGACAAGAAAUAUUUUUGUACAGAAAAGUGCUGUAUUUUGGAACGGCUACUACCUUGUAAGCAAAAAAAAAAAAAAAAGCAUUGUAAAAUAUUGUCAAUUAUAUAAAUAUGAACAUAUGAGUUUUGUCACACUGUCAAAGUCAUGUACAUUUUCAGGUGGCCUUAUGUACAUUUCCAGCUGUUAGAUGAAGAAAAACUCAAUUUUUGGAGGCAGAAUUGUGACUAUGUAUGAUUAAACUGUUCUUCUAACAUUUGA